AAAAUUAACACUGGCCACAACUGCCAGCCUUUACUAUCGAUAUUAACCAAACGAUCCUGGGCAGGCUUUCACUCCCAUUGCAUGCUGCUGGAAAUGACAGCGCUCAGGCUAUAGGUUGGUUACUGAAUUAAAAUAUUAAGGGGACUUUUGUUUAGGCCAGUGGUGCUCAACUUUGGACUGGAAGCAAACCUUCAUAACUUCUGUGAAAGGAGUGCCACCUGACUUCAGAAGCUAAUGUAUAUAUCCCAGCCCUCACUCCAUUUCAAAGGAUCUAAGCAGUGGGUGUGGGGGAUCAUCCAGGCAUGCCUAGGUUUAUUUACUUGCUCAUCUGCUUACCUCUUCAUACCUCACGCUAGCUUGGCUAUGAAUCACUGAUUCGGGGUGCACUUGAUUAACUAAAGCGUCUUGCAGGCUUUCUUUUUUGCCCAAAUGAGUUGGGAGCAUCUGUUUGCUUUAAAAUGCAAUACCUGACUCAAAUUGUAGUACCGUACCUGUCUUCCAGGUGCUACAUCAUAAAGUUUUUGAAAUACAAUUGGAUAAAGUGAGGUUUUUGGCAGGAUACUUUGAAAGCUCAAAAUGACCGAUGCAGAUGAUUCCCAGAGUUCAGUUUCUGACCACUUUGAAGAUGGCCAGGACCUAGUGUGCACUGAAGAAGAGGAUCAGUUGCCCACGCAUGAUGCUGCAGUUGGAAGGAGUGCUCAGUCAGGCAGUGCGUGGGAAGAUGCUACUUCGGAAGACUCUUCAUAUGUACUCGGUGCCUGUGGUACAUCGGCCACAAGUUAUACGCAAUCUGCCAAAGCCUCCCUGGAGAACAGUGAUUCAGAAAGUAGCCGUUGUUUUAGUGGCAGCUUAUACCAACCUGAGUAUAACACUGCGUCAAGGCGAAAAGUAAGAAUUCGAAGGUCAGCAAGGAACCUAUCUCACUCUCCUGCAAAUAGGCAAGAUAGUGCCAGACAGGAUUCCUUGACAACCACCUCACAUGGAGAUCUGGGGUGUGGAAAGGAGUCAAAGUCCUCUGGAUUGCCAAAAUCUUCUCUCGAUUUGAAAGCUGUUUUUGCCUAUCACUUUCGAGGGAAGAGGCUCAAGAGAGAGGCAAACCGAAGAUUUAAGGAGAGAAAACAAAGGACAAAGAAGAAGUAUGAAAGCACAAGAUGUCAAAGGAGACCACUGCAAACUAUGUCACGAGAAGAGAGGAAAGAGAGACUUCUAGGCAGAGGGUUUCAGUUUCCUUUUGUUGAAAAACACUAUGGGAGGAAACACAUCCCUUUGAAAAUGGUGUUUGAGUAUGAGCAUGCAGCUUUAAAAGGAUAUUUUCAAUACAUUGAGAUGCUUAAAUAUGAAGAUCACUUUAAAAAGGGUUUAAAAAACCUUAAUGCUAGUGAGGAUUUGGAAAGCAAAUGCAUGGUGAUGCGGAGACACAGAUAUUUAGAUGAUGAAGGACCCAUAUCUCCUAUUCAGGACACAAAUGAAGCCAACUUGGAUUCUGAUCAUCAGGAAGAAUAUGAUGCUAAAAUAGUGGAUAACAGCAGUUUCAUACUAAGCAGCAAGCUUCCAAUCAAGAAAAAAAAGAAACCAAAGCAAAAGUCAGGCAUGCAAAACUGACUGGAGUUGGUGAUGGAAAUGAAGAGGGGGAACAUGCUGCUGAUGGGCCUGGGCCUCCAUAGCAUACAUGCCAGAGAUGGAAAAGCUAAUAUACUAGAAUAGAAAUACAACAGCAACUCUCAGAUACCCCCUCCUCGGCACCAGAGUUUUCAUGUAAAAAUGUGCUCGGCAUUUAUCCAAAGAAGCAUCUUCAGUAAAUACAAGUGAUGAAUAGAAGGAACCUUCUUUGUUGUAAGGUUUCAUUUUUGUCUUUGGGUAUUCAUAAGGAGGAAAAUCUUUUCAACUUCCUGUUGGAUCUAGGAAUGCAGCUGUUUCUGGUUCAACUGUGUUGCUUUUGAAAAGUGAAUCUGGAAGUUGCUCUUGGUAUAAGAGGUCUUCCUGAUGCACCUUCUGAGAAGAGAGACUUGCUGAAACACUGGAUUCAGCAAGUCCAGUCAUUUUUGGACUGAAUCUGCUUGUCUUUGUUCCUGGACCUUUUUCUUUCUCAAAGCCAGCCUGCUUCCUUCAGCAACCUGGAUAUUGAGAACUUGUUCUGCUUGCUGUUUCAAAGACAUUGAUGGACAAUGUAUUCUGAGCUACUAGUGAAAAGGUAAUUUCCUUUGGCGCACUUCAAGCAAACUGUAAAUGUGACUUAAAAUCACUGAUGAGAAGAUCUGCAUAGGGGAGUCCAAAUGACUACACAGCACUUGAAGAAAGAAUCUGUGACCUUGUGCCUUGAUGGACCAUAUCCCUAGAAAACAAGGACACUGAAUUACAAAGAAGUUAUCAGACAUGAGAAGUUGUCUCUUACAGAGGCACUGACUGCAGCAUUUAAUGGUGAUGGAAGGUUUCUCAGUAAUAUUAAGUUGCUAGUCAUUUGCUAGUGAGCAUUUCGACAGAUCCCAAAGGAAGACAAAGACCUGAUAUUUGCAAUACAGCUAGAAUUCCUUCUCUGUCAAAUGUUAGUGAUACCUGGCAAAAUUGCAGAACAGGAACUUGCUGGACAAUUUCUGUUAAGACCAUUUUUUAGAGGAUUUAAUGGAGUGAUUUUUAUUUUAUUUUUUUGAUGGAAACAUGGUAUGACUUCAUAACUGACUGAUCCUGCAAAACAGUAAAACAAUUCUUGUGCCUUGCUGUGGAAACCUAAUGGACUACGUAGUGAAGAAUUAAUCUUAGUUGUUUUUUAAUUUAAAAAGACUUUCCUUAAAUCUUUCAGAUGAAUGUAUAAAAUUCUUUAAACUAAAAAA